GUUUAAAUUAGAUUUUAUCCAAAUGGAACGACCGUCUCCGUCAUCAGGCUCGCCAACUCGGAUCAGUGUGUUCCAGAUCAACAGACACCGACUCACCGCCUUCCAUUCCGUAUUCGAGGGCCCCUUCCUCUCCACAACUCUCCACGUUCUGCAUAAUCCGUGUAAAUGUAAAUUUCAAAAUCCACCCACCAUCUAGGCUACUGUUUUCUUGAGUCUCUUCCACGAUAAUUUAUGGAGCCCAAGGCGUUCUGCUCAACAGCCGAAUGGGUUCGAUUGGGAAGAAAUUGGAUAAUUCACUCCAGCAUGGUCAGAAAGGAGAUGGUCGGGUUGAGACCAGGAAAUGACUUUGCAACAAGUAAUGGGAUUCAAAGUGGAUGGUCGUUGUAUUAUGAUGGAGGAAACGGUGAUGAACUUCAUGCUGGUGAAAGGCAAGCUUACAACAGGAACAAUGAUGGAGGAUUUGAAGAUAUCUCUCGAGAAGAUAUGAUUGAUAGAUCCUCUUGUGAGGUUAGAGGAGAAGGAAGUGAGAACCACGGGUCAACAGAUCUUGAUCCUUUAGUUCAAUCUAUCUAUAAACUCCAAUCAGCAAAAGAAGCACUAGAAAAAGAGGUACUCAAGUUUAGGGAAGUUGGAUCGUUAGAUGGUGCGCUUCAGGACUUACCUUCAGAUUUCACUACUAAUGAUCUAGAACUCAAGUUGAAAGAAGCGGCGAACAGAAAAUACACGGGACCAGAACUUGAGGACUUCUUUAGGCUGAAAAUUGAAGCUGAAGUUGAAUAUUUGGCAAUAUCAAGAACUGUCCAAAAGUUGAGAGUUGAAUCUGUGGAUCAAAUAACCCUUCUGCGAAAGAAAACAACUCUGGCUUCGGAGCAAGCCCAGAUGAUGAACAUGCUUGAGAAUACAAAAAACAAGGCCUCAAUGCUUAAAAAAGAAGCUGACAAGUUGGUGAAUUCUUGUGAAGACAUUGCUUGUGCUGAUGAGAAAUUGAAGCUGCAGAUGGGGAUUUGCAAGUACACCUCAUAUUUCUUAGUACAGUUAGUAAUGUUGGUACUCAUCCUGGGAUUCUUUAUUUUCCAUAUUUCUCCAAAUUACUCCUGGGUUGUUCCCACUUAGUUCUAAGAAGAGUCUUCGGGUCGUUCCUCUUUUAUUAGUUCAUAAUGUUCUAAAUCUAAUUUUAGUGUUUACUAGUUCUUUUCAGAAGUAUUUGUAUAGAUCUAACGUGAGUGUUGGAUGUUUUUAUUGGUAAAUUGCAUGGUAGCUGAUUGUACA